UCUCUCUCUCCCCCCUCCCCCCCUUCUUCUUCCGCCAGAAAGAAAGAAGAAAGAAAAAAGCAAGAAAAAGGUAAAGUCAGGAGAAACCAAAACCAGUACUGUGACAGAAGAAAGAGAAAAAAGACAUCUCCAUUCAUCCCUCGAGAGAAGAAGGGAAACAUACACCAUGAGGAAAGAUGGAGAAGGAGGAGGAGGAACCACUUCCCCUCCCAUCCCCCUCCCUUGCCUUGAUCUCAAGCCCUUCGUGGCAACCCUCAUAGUCCUCACCCUCUUGAUGGCGCUCUGGCAGCUCCAACUCUUCCAACCCCUCCUCCCCGCCACCAACUGCCCUCCCCUCAACGCCACCCAUACCCCCACCUCCGCCGCCGAUGUAAAACCCCUCGCAAUGCAGAAGUUUUCCUCGUCCGUCUCCUCCCCUGCACCGAAAACCAUCGCCACCGCUCCUUCGGACCCCAACAAGCGCGUCUUCCGCCCCUACAGCAGCGCCGCCACUCCUUCGGACCCCAACAAGCGCGUCUUCCGCCCCUACGGCAGCGCCGCCGUUCCUUUGGACCCCAACAAGCGCGUCUUCCGCCCCUACGGCAGCGCCGCCACUCCUUCGGACCCCAACAAGCGCGUCUUCCGCCCCUACGGCAGCGCCGCCGCGCUCUUCGUCCAGAUGGGCGCCUACCGGGGCGGCCCCGCCACCUUCGCCGUCAUCGGCCUCGCCUCCAAGCCCACCCACGUCUUCGGCAAGCCCUGGUACAAGUGCGAGUGGGUCCCCAACGCCCCCGGCCGCUCCCCCUUCCGCGUCAAGGCCGUCAAGAUGCUCCCCGACUGGGGCUACGGCCGCGUCUACACCGUCGUCGUCGUCAACUGCACCUUCCCUUACAACCCCAACGCCGACAACUCCGGCGGCAAGCUUUUCCUCCACGCCUUCUACUCCCUCUCCUCGAGAAGAUACGAGAAGUUCGUCGCUCUGGAAGAAUCCCCCGGCACCUACGACGAGGAUCGUUUCCGGCCGCCGUUCAAGUACGAGUAUCUCUACUGUGGUUCCUCCUUGUACGGUAAUCUGAGCGCCAGCCGGAUCCGGGAAUGGAUGGCGUACCACUCCCACUUCUUCGGCCCCAGCUCGCAUUUCGUCUUCCAUGACGCCGGCGGGGUGAGCCCGGCGGUGCGCGCCGCGCUGGAGCCCUGGGUGAGGAUCGGGCGGGCCACGGUGCAGGAUAUCCGGGCGCAGGAGGAGUACGACGGGUAUUACUACAAUCAGUUCUUGGUUGUGAACGACUGCUUGCAUCGCUACCGGCACGCCGCGAAUUGGACCUUCUUCUUCGAUGUCGACGAGUAUUUGUAUCUGCCGGACGGGAGCACGCUGGAGUCCGUGCUGGGGCAGUUGUCGGACUACACCCAGUUCACCAUCGAGCAGAAUCCAAUGUCGAGCAUGUUGUGUGUGUCGGAUCCCAAGAGGAAUUACUCCAGGGAAUGGGGGUUUGAGAAGCUGGUCUUCAGGAAUUCCAUCACCGGAGUACGGCGAGAUCGCAAGUACGCAAUUCAGGCGAGAAAUGCGUUUGCCACGGGUGUCCACAUGUCGGAGAAUGUCAUUGGGAAAACCACUCACAAGACCGAGUCCAUGAUCCGAUACUACCAUUACCAUAACUCCAUCAACGUAUUGGAUGAGCCAUGCCGGGUGUUUGUGCCAAUGCCGGCCAAAGACGAGGUGACAUGGUUUGAGAAAAUCCCAUAUGUUUAUGAUGACAAUAUGACACGUCUAGCCGACACCAUCAAGCAAUUCGAGAAGGAAACAAUCGGACCAGUUAAAGUAUAGCAGUUCGCAACCUCAACCACCAGUCCUUGGAACCAUUCAUUCUUGCCAUGCUAUGCAGAGCCCAGUCUGCAGGUGAGGUGUUAAUAUUCUUCAAGAUAUCAUGUGUGAUUAUUAUCUUUGGGGUGUUUGCUUGCCUGCUUUCCCUGGAGGUAUAUAUGAGGAAUGGAAAGGAGAAAGGCAUGGAACCCUUUGUUUGCAUGUAAAGAUAUGAUUUUUCUGUUCAUAUUCCUUUACCUCAUUUCUUCUUGUAGUGUCCACCACAAACUUCUUUUUCACUUCAAUUAGAUCCUCGUCAUAGCCUGUUGUGUUA